AUGCGUGAACUUAAUGAGGCAUUGCAGUUUCAUAGUGGAAAGCUAGACGAAGUCGUGGAGUGUAUGGACGCAUUUAAACAAACCAUUAAAGUACUCGAAAGGAAAAAUGUGGAGCUAACCAAUAAAAAUAAUAACCUAGAAACUCGUGUUGGAGCCCUCGAGCAAAGGUUACAAGAAAUCGAGCAAGAAAAGCUUACAAAUUCAGUGGAGAUUGCAAAUGUACCAUACCAGAGCAUAGAAGCGGACAGUAAAAUAUUGGAAAAGGUGGCCCUGAAACUCCAACUACCCACUGGAGGUAUAAAAAGCUCACGAAGACUCCAAGGGAAGAAAGAACAACCGCCGAACAUUAGAGUGGAAUUACAAGACGAAUGUACUCAAGAACAAUGGAUUACGGCUGCUAAAAGCAUCAAAACUAUGGUAGUGGACCUUUGCCCCUCCGAGAAAAAUAAUAAGAAUAUAGUUUACAUUAGUGAAGCAAUGACGAAAACCAACAAGACUUUACUGUGGAAGGCUAAGCAAGAACUAAAGAUUAACCAGAAAUUCAAGUACGUAUGGUUUAAAAAAGGAUUCGUAAAGGCACGCAAAGACGACGGUUCAAAAACCUAUAUUUUACGAACAAUGGCGGAUGUAAACGCCCUCAUAAAGAACAAAUCAUAGGCAUUA